AUGUUCUUCACAAAAUUAGAAAGUUGGUUCGGACUACAAGAAUUUGGUGCACGAAAAGACCAAGAAAAGUUCGCUGCAGUCAUCGCCUACGCAGACCCCAAAUACCUAGAACACGUACACGAUCAUGUCAACAAUCCACCCGAAACAGCCCCUUCUUCCACCUUAAAGGAAGCGAUCCUUUCAAAGUUUACGGACUCGGAAAUGGUACGUUUGGGCAGACUCGCAACUGGAAUUCAGCUCGGCGAUAGCCGACUUACCUGCCAACUGCAGCAAACAAAGGCAACCUGCGACGAAUCAGUAAUACGACGCUACUGGAUCAAACGUUUUCCUCCUCCCGUACACGCGGGAAUUGUCGGCAUGAUAGGAAGCUCACCGCAGACCAAACUCUCACAACUGGCAAAAGCAGCCGAUGCAGUUAUGGACUUCUUAAACGACGAUGCGGCUGACCACGUUUAUGCUUUUUCAAAAAACAAACAACAGCAGUCUCAUCAAGAAGAACGCGUCAUAACGCUGACCAAACGACUCGACGAUAACGACUAG